GUUUACACCACACAUGAUUAAUCCUGGUUUCACAACCUCAGUUUGCUCUCUGACAGAGCUCUGAAUGAGCCUUGUUUAAAUAAGGCCAACUGAGACAACAUACCAAUAUCAGUAAGCACUUCUGAAAAAAUCUGCAGAGGAAGAUGGACGUUCUAAUAUUUAGUUGAGGCACAGAAUGGAGCCAAAUCGCCCAGUCCAGCAGACUGAUCCAGAUGCACUGCUACAGAGAGCCAAACUUUCUAGAAAUUGGAAUACACCUUUUUCAAAGUCAGCAUCAAGCUCCAGAACAAUCCUUAACUUGGGGCCAGAAAUUAAGGAGAAAUGCCAAAGAGAAGCUGCCUAUCUGUUCAAGCUGGAGCAGUCCUUCAAGAAUUCACUGACUGACCUGAAAACUCACAUUCUAAUGCCUCUUGUCAAGGCUGAAACUUCUGAUCAAAAGAGCCAGCCACAGUUGAAAGACGCUCUCCUUGUCUUGGAGGAGAGUCUGGAAGCUCUCUACAAUGAAUCAGAAGAACACUGUUUGCAUCUCGCUGAUACUUUGGACACAUUGACCCGAAAGGAGCUCUACCUACUUGUAAAUACACAACGGCUCAAGGAAGUUUACAUUUGGUACUUUACAGCAUUCACAAACUAUGUUGUUCUCUGUGGCUUUGAAAACAUUGCGAAACAAACAAGGUACGAGUUCAGGGGAAAAAGUGAAUAUUGGAAAAAGAACAAGAAAAGUUUGAAAGGAUUUCACCUCGAUUUGUCCUCAAAUACCUCGCUUUCUAUGAGCCUGCACAGAGUCUUCCAUGAAUCCAUACGUCUCCAGGUCCAGAAGUACAUCGAUGUGCUCCGGAAACUCAGUUGGGGCUUGCAAAAGAAUCCAGAGACAAAGCCCAUUACUGAUGCACUUGCAACCUUCAUAGAUCUGGACAAAUGGAUCCGCCAGUCUCUGGAUGUGGCAACUUUGACUAAGACCCUGUGGAAUUCACUUGGAAGCAAAUUAACAGAGCUUUUGUUUCUUCCAGAGCGGCGCCUGAGGGAAGACAGCAAAAAUAUCCCACUGACCUGCCCAGAUGGCAGGCUUUUGCUGUUCGAUGAUAGCCUUGUUUUUAUUCAGGGUUCUGAAAGUAGCAUCUACAAGCUUGACACACUGUGGGUGGAUGACAGUAGUUCUGAAGGAAAUCAAUUGAAGAUAAUUGUUCCAGAGGAAGAGUUUACAUUCACCAUUCAAGAUUUCCAGGAUAAGAUGGUAUGGUUUUGGAAGCUGAACCAAGCUAUUCGGCAGCACUUAGCUGGCAAACUGGAUUUCCCUUUAUGGGGUGAAGAAGGCGCAGGGGAUUCAUACAACAUGCCUGUUUGUCGUUUUGCUGCCUAUACUUUUAACAACAGCCCUCGAUUUAAGGAUGCAAUCUAUGAAGGGGACUGGUAUAAGGGAAAGCCCCACGGCAGUGGAAUCAUGAAAUGGCCAGAUGGACGGAAUUAUGCUGGAAAUUAUGAAGAUGGUCAGGAACAUGGUUUUGGUGUGUAUGUUGUUCCUGGAGGGCCAGAGAUCUUUGAUUGUUAUAAGUGUCACUGGAAAAGUGGGAAAAUGCAUGGCUAUGGCAUCUGUGAGUAUGGAAAUGGAAUGACCUACAAAGGCUAUUUUCAAGACAACCAACGUCAUGGAUUUGGAAUUCUACACAGCUCUCGACUGGAAAAUCUUCCCUUUAAGUAUGUGGGACAUUGGGAGAAUGAUAAAAAAAGCGGAUAUGGAGUAUUUGAUGAUCUUGACAGGGGAGAGAGGUACAUUGGCACAUGGCUGGAAGAUUGUAAGCAUGGGAAUGGUAUCGUAAUUACCCAGUCAGGACUGUGCUAUGAGGGAAACUUCCAAAACAACAAGUUAGCGGGGCCUGGAACAAUUCUGUCAGAGGAUGAUUCUGCCUAUGAAGGAGAGUUCACAGAAGAGCUGCUUCUAACUGGAAAGGGAAAGCUCACCUUUAGUAAUGGAUACAUGAUAGAAGGAUUAUUCAGCAACAAAUGGGGAAGUGGUUUGAAGACCAAUGGAACAUUCUGCAAACCCACAGAAGAACUAAAUCCUUUGAUCACCAGCAAAAUGCAAUUGGGCAGCCACAUAACCCCAGCUAAAGAUCGAUGGCAGGGCAUCUAUGACCAAUUUAGUGAUUUCCUUCGUUCUGGCUCUGAUGAAACUUCAAUGGAAUCCUUCCUUGGGUUUUACUCAAAGAACAGAGAACGACGGAAAGCUCUGAAGAGCAGGGCAAUUACCACAGAAGUGGAAAGUGCCAUGGAACAUGCCAAUGAAGAUCUGCUAGAUUUUUUGUCUUGCAGCAGAUCAAAUGCUACCAGACCUGAGAAACUGCCACCAAACCAAUGUAACUUGGCUGAGGGGAAAGAGUUGAAGGAGUACCUGAGUGAGGUCUUUGUGUCAACUCGUCAUCCUCUUGGAAAACUACUCCAGACAUUAAUUCUGGUUUUUCAGGACACGUAUUCUGGGAUCUGUAUGCACAAACGGUUACUCUCAAUGGCACAGCAGGAAGUUGUAUCACAUGCUAAGAAACUCUUUGAGUUAGCAAGGUAUUUCUUACCCAAGUCAAUGGUGAAUGACCAUUCCUCCACUGAAGGUCAAUUAAGAGAUAAUUUAAAUGCUUACACAGUGACACUUCCCCUGAUCUUGCCACGGUUCUACCCUGAACUCUUCAUGCUGUAUAUGCUGUACCAUGAGACAGAAGAUUCACUGUACUGGAAGGGAAUACUACAUCUGGAACUCCUCUCUGACACCAAGCUGCUGGAAUUUCUUGAAGUACAAAAAGACUUGUGGCCUCUUCAAGAUAUCCAUCUGACAAGCAAACAGAGAAUCUCUGUUGUGAAAGAUGUCUGCUUCACUUCUGCCAUCUUAUGUUUCCAAAAGAUAAGUACUACAGCAGACCCUCAGGAAAAGCUGAACACCAUCAUGAAAACGUAUCAUGAAAUUGAGGGCACAGUGACUCGAGUGCUAAAGAGGCAAUACAGUCUCUCCAUGGAUGACCUACUACCGUUGCUUGUUUAUGUGGUUUCUAGGGCAAGAAUCUUGCAUUUGGGUGCAGAACUCCACUUGAUACGAGACAUGAUGGAUCCUUCCACUGAGGGCGGAGUGAAUGACUUCUUGCUCACUGCUCUUGAUUCUUGCUAUCAGCACAUUCAAAAAGAGGAAGUACGGUCCAGGAGUUUGCCUAAAUAAUGUCUUACAACACAAAAAAGAAUAUUUCAACCAAGGAAUGCAAAAUGAACAACACUACAGAAAUAUUAAAGAGUGUGCAAUUGAAUGCAAUUGUAGGAGAGCAUUUCCUUCACUACCACUUCAUAUAAACUGCAAAAUAAAUCAGACAAAAUCUAACCUACUACUGCAAGAUCCCUCAAACUUGAAGCAAAUUUAAGCUUCAAGCGAUUUCUCGUUAACAACAGAGAAGACUUGCAAAAUGUUUUGCACAUCUGUAAGUAGAAGCUGGGGAAAGGUUACCAAAAAAGAAAGGCGCGAGAUCACAGGAACAAAUAAAGCAAUAAUUACUUCAAAAUAGCAAAAUUACGGUUUUCUAUUAUAAUUUGUGAGAAGAUUUUUCAGCAUCUAACAAUGAAUUAGUGUCAACUCCAGUGCUUCAGGAGGAAUGAGUAAUGUGUGACCUGAUUAGUAAAUUACAUGGAUUGCUAUUGAAAAAAUAAACUGGCUCACUAUUAUGCUUCAGAGAAGGAUACCUGUUUCCUUGCUCAGCAUGUCUCAAAUAAAAUUCCAACUGCAUGAAACUAAAGAAAAGUUAGAAAAGCCCAGAACAAGACCAUUCAGCCCAAUGUCUCUUAAAAUCUUAUUCAACUUUCUAGCACGUAAUUUGUAACCUUGCAGGUUGAGUGAUUCUGCCUCCACCAUCAAACCAGACAGCAAAUUCUGGAUGGAAACAUUUUUUUGAGUGACCCCUCUAAUCCUUCUACCAAUUAUUUUAAAUAUGGGCACCCACGGUCGAUCUGUAAGUGACCCUGAAAAUAUGGUGGGUAAUAAAGGGCGCACAACUAGAAGUUGGAAUAAACUCUAACUCUACCAGCUUCCUGAGAACUAGUAAAUAGAACACAUGAGAUCAUGAGACAUUGAGGCAGAAGUGGGCCAUUCAGCCCAUCAGGUCAGUUCUGCCAUUCAAUGAGACCAUGGAUAAUCUUAAAUCAAUUUUCCUGGCUUUUUCCCAUGAGCCUUGAAUAUACUUAACAACCUAGCCUCAGCAACCCUCUACCUUAAAGAAUUCCACAGAAUCACUUCCCUCUGGGAGAAGGAAUUCGUCCUUAUCUCUGCCUUAAAUAUUCAACCCUUCCUCUGAGAUUAUACCCUCUGGUCCUAGACUCUCCCACAUGAAGAAACAACCUUUCAGCAUUGACCCUGUGAAGCCCACUAAAAAUCUCAUAUGUUUCAAUGAGGUUUUCCCUAAAUCUUAUAAACUCCAAUGAGUAUAGCCCCAACCUACUUAAUCUUUCCUCAUAAAAUAAUCUCUCCAUACUCAGAUUAACCUACUGAACCUUCUCUGGAGUGUCUCCAAUGCCAGUAAAUCUUUCCUUAGGUAAAAGACCAAAACUCCUCACAAUAUUCCAGGUGUAGUUUGACUGUUUUCUAAUUGAAAGUGCAAUUUGCAGGCUGCAGAAGAAAAGUGUGUUGUUACAUGCAAACAAUAUGGAAUAUUAGGCCAAUGGUGCACAGGAACUGUGAUAUAAUCCUGAAUAGCAGUGAAGAAUGCAGUCAAGUUCAUUAAUUAAAGAUCCGUUGAAUUCUUUGUGAAUUUUGUUUCAUUUAUGCAUAAUAGAUUAUAAUGAUUUGUAUAAUGAUGUCUGAACUCACCAAUUGAGUCAGAAUCCUAAAUAGCUUUGACGAAAGGGAAUUGUGUUAAAGUUGCUGUUCAUUUGUCAUUUUAUUUCUAAGAUGAUUGCACAUGAUGGAAGGACAAUGGAUGUUUCAGCACAGGUAUCAAAAUUUGCAAAAGGUAAACAAGGGUAAAUUUAGGGGCACAGGUUUGAGUGUGAGGGAGAUAAGUAGGUCUAGUGGCAAUACUGUGAUCCGAUCAAAUUAAGAUAGUUCGUAUUCAUCUUCUGAGAAAACAAAAGCAAAGUACAUGUUUAAUUGCUAUACCGUUUCAUUGUUCUGCAUUACCAAUUCUCUGAAUUCAGACUACAAGUGGCCAACAUUUGUCUACACUAAUCUUCUUUGCACGUACCUGUAGAAGCUCUUACAGUCUGCUUUUAUGUUUCUUAAAAGUUUCCUCUCAAACUCAUAUUUUUCACCUUUUAAUCAACUUCUAGGCCCUCCAAUUCAUGAAUUCCAAACUGCUUCCAGUACUUAGGCUUGUUACUUUUUUGAGUUUUUUCAUAUGAUUCUCCUUUAGAGCUAAAUUCUCCUUUUUUUUUAGUCAUGGUUGGGUGACUUAAGCUAUUGUAUACAAAUGUGAAAUAAAUAUAAAACAGACAUUGGGGCGCAUUGUGGGCACUCAAGAUACUGAUGGAUCCCAGAAUUGUAAAGCAGUAGGAAACAGAAACUUGUAUUAGGGAUUACUGGAAGGCUACAGCUUGGAUGGUUAUUCCUUUGCCUCUCCUUAUGUCUUGUGCUGUUGGUCCUAAACCUUUGCGUAAUUUUUGCAGUUUAAAAGUGGGUUUACGUUGGGCUCUUCUGAACUUUGGAAAACUCAACCUGUGCUCUUCUGUGAUUUGCAAAAUGCACACCUGAACUACGUGUGACUUUACAAGGAAUUUUCACCUUUUCACACUGGAGUCAGUCUCAGUGUUUAUUUUGCAAGCCUUGAUAAAAUGCGUAGGUAUAGAGUCAGACUAAUUAGAAGGGUCAUCUUGAUUCUCCAGUACAUUAACCCAGCUUCAAACAUUCUUUAAUCUGAACGAUUCUUCCAUCCCUCAAGUCGCCUUACACUUCCCAUGUCAGUUACAUUCUGCCAUGUAUCCUCAACUUCUCUGAAGUAUAUUUCAUAGACACAUGCCCAGUAUCCACCAUAUACAGUUCUUAGAACACAUGCAAUAACAGUGAGAAUUACCUUGAAAUAUUGUUUAGAUGUUUGAUCUAGGCAAAUAACUGAAUUCAAAUUCACUAUAUUUGAUACUAGACUAAAAAGCCCGAGAGAAAUCAAUUAAACACCUAUUAGUCUUUUAUUUUUCACAAGAAACCACAAGAAAAAUAUAUUCUGCUUUAUAGGCUUGUAAAAGCUUCAGCAGUUCUUGGAUCAAUAAGGCCACUUACGAUUCUGAAACCCAGCCAAAGAUUCACAAUGGAACAUUAUCACAACAAACAUUUCCAGCUUCACUGACAGAACAGAUAGCUAUUUCCAUUUCAAAGAAAUUUAUCUGUUAAUCAAUGGUGGGCAAACAGAUACAGGGCAUUAUGUUCUACCCUCAGAAGCAAAGUUUUAAAAAACACAGCUAGGUUUGCGAGUCCAACUAAUUAAUGUUCCAAAAUCACGACAGCAGAGUACAUUUUGAAUUUUUAAAAUACAUUUGGUGCUUACUUUUUCAUUGAAGCAUGUAACGUGAACAAUUUCAAUGCUGGUCAAAGAAAGGAUUAACUUAUCUUUGCAGCACCAAACCUUAUGAUGAAAUAAAAACACAUCUACCUUACAGUACAGUCCUAAUAGUGUCUUUUGAAGGUAUGUAAGCAUUUCAUACAUCUUUCAUAAUGUUCCUGUCUCCUCAGCAGGCUUUUCAUUUUCGUCACAACCUCUUAAGCCUUCCAACACUCAGCAUCACCAGACCAAAAUGGGAAUGCAGUUUUCAUUCCUCACAUAAAAUGUGAAAUCAGACCUCAGGUACAGUACUGUGUUAUACACUAUGCAUUGCAGGCUCAAAAAUAUGGCAGAGGAAAACGAUGUAGGGUCAGAAAUGUACAGGAAAAUUGAACUUCCUGUCAGGAAAAAAAGUCAAAGUAUGAUCACCAUGCAUUGAAAUACUUCUGCACACCAACUAAUUCAGUCAUUGUAUUGAAAGAUGUAGAGCGUACCUUUGUAUGUUUUUCCUUUACAACAUUGCAGUUCUAAAUUUAUGCAUCUGAAAUAUCACACAGAAUUCUGUGCUGCCAUUCACAGACUCCAAUCUGCUGAGUUCCUAUAGCUUGGGUGAAACCAAAAAAUCUGUUGAUUUGCUGUUCUCAUCUUUGCAACUUUACUUCUAAACUAUUAACUACUCACCUUACUUUGGGGUAUUUAUCUGCUCCAUUUGGAACAAACACCUAAGGGAAUUUAUAAAAGAAAAUGUUUGUAUAUUAUGCUUUUGUAACCAAAUAUUUUAAUGUUUAUGGAUUUUGCAGAUUAUACUACCUUGAAUAAAUUUUUUGCACUUUU